AUGCCCGAUAGAAAACCGUUGCCUCUGCAACCAUCCACCAUCUCUGAUAGAAGCGCUGCUACCAUUACAAGCUUGACAAACGGUGCCCAAAAUCUCCAUCAUCCAGGCGCCCGUAUAUCGGUAUCGCCUCCAUCCUCAUCAUAUCCCGACCUGCCAGACUCACACCUCCGCCAGCUGCCCCGUCUUCCCCCCGAACUCCUACUGCAAGUCCUCUCUUACUACACCAAUGCAGCUCAUUCCCGCGAUCCCACCACCAUUCGAACAUUGCAGGCUCUGUCUUGCACUUGCAAGCUGCUACACUUCCAAGCUCUCAAGGUUAGAUACGAAGUCCUCCUGCUGCACAGGCACGUAAGGGAUUUUAGAACCUGGUUCAGGAAGCUGAACGAAGGCAAACCGCCCUUCGUUUGCGCGGGCAUCUCCAGAGCUCUCUUCUCAGGACUGGACGAUGUGAGUGGCGAUUUAAGUCGGCGAGGGCAGUGCACACAAACUGCGACCCCUCCAAAGUUGUGAUUGCUUGCCAAAGAAUGGAUGAGCCUCCAGCGGCCAACGCGGUGGGGCUGCGGCGUUGAUGCCACCAAAGCACCGGCUGGGAUCACGGCGCAAGGAAAGCCCAGCGUGACCGCUCGAGCUCUUUGCUGAGCUUGGCACGCACAUCCCAUGUUUCCUUUUCGUCAGGUAUCCCGCUUGACCCACGCAUCGACAGGCUGGGAGACGGAGCUGCUCCGCCUGCUGCAUUAUUGCGGUCAGACAGUCACUCGUCGUGAGUCGUCGCAUCGUUUGCAUACACGCCCUUACUUGCCGGGUAGGCUAACUGUACCCGAUUCUUGCAGUCUCUCUAUGGCACGCUGAAUCAAGGACAGUACUUCGUGAUGCCUCUCAGGUGCCUAGAAAGAGGCCUAGGCUCCCCAAUGGGAGGAGAAGCGCUAUCCCACGCAUGCAGCCAGGGUGGGCCUGGGGCGAAGGCAUCGACUUCACCUCCGAAGAGAGCUCCUCGUCCGAGUCACCUACACCGGAAAAUGGCUCUGAAAAUGAAGACAAAAGCAGCGAUGGUGGGCAAAGUGAUAUCCAACGCCCAAAGGAAGGCAUACUGAACAGAGAAGGAGAGCUCGAUGAAGUGCAAAAGGCGAAAGCUAGAGCGGAGGCGUCAGCUGCUCGAGAAAGAGCAAAGGCUGUCCCUCCUCGUUGGUUAUCGUCCGAACUCUCUUCCGACCCUUUGGCUGCCCAUCGACAUCGUGCUCAUCUCCCUAACGAGCCGCUAGAGACUGCAGAAACUUCCAUCUUGCCAUUACGCCCGCCCGCGACCACCAGCAACACCACGUCGAACGACCCCGGUGAUCCACAGCCGGGCAGGCGAAAAGGCGCACGAAGAGACAACGAAGCAGAUGUCGGUGGAGGAGCCACUUCGGAAGACAAUAGAAAGCUCUUUGGCUGUUCGCCGCUUUACGUCAGUAUUUGCGUUGGCAGCGCUUUGAUCGAGGAUAGGCUCUGGCCAAGGUUGAGGCUCCUGAGGCGGUGCAGAGAGAUAGACAUGUGAGUCUGGCUUGCCUUCAUCUCGGAAUCGUAUCAUGCACUUCAUCAUCGUUGAUGAUCCUCGCGGCGAGCAGUAGACUGACCGACUGCCAUUGCUCUCGUCCCCGCAAAGAUUCGUACCUGUGACUACCUAUGUCCCGCGCGUACUGACUCUGAUCUCGACACUUGAAAAGUCGCCUCUGCAAAGGAUUCGGAUCUCUGGUCCCCACGCGAGUCUCAUUCUCGCCUUGCCCCCCUUUGCACGGCGGGAGGCACUGACAUCUUCGACCUUUGCCUCGUCUCACGAUCAAGCCGAUUCAGGCUCAAGAGGCCAAGGCAGCUGCAGGAAACCAGAGAGACAAGGCAAGGAGUGCUCAUUGAACUUGUCUAGAGGUAUCCGGUAUUUGCUCUCCUGUCCCACCCUGCGGCAAGCGCUGCAAGAAGAGUUCACAGGCAAUCAUCAAGAGAGUGUCUCCAAGGAAGCGCUCGAGUCGGAACUGUGUCGUGCAGUCUUAGCCGGACACGAAGUGUCACAAGCGGCUAGCGCAGGGGCACACAUGAGAGAAAAUGGCAGCGAGAGGAAAGGAACAUCACAUUUCGCGAACGGCGCCUGGAGCGCUCCGACUUGUUGCGAGAUACAUCGAUCGGCAAUGUACCAAUUGCUGCGAUCUUUCGAACCGUCUCAAUCGUCUCGCCCGUUCCCUUUCAGCUCUACAGCAGUCUCAAGCUCCGGCUCAGGUCGGUCAUCAAUACCAGACCCUAUUUGCGAGCGCUCUGACGACGUCACAAAUCCCUCCUUUCUCGAUCCCCGACACAAUGUCCAGGAGCCGGAGAAGCUGAGGAUAAAGAUUCUGCAGCGCAAUCAGUCCGUGUGGGGAAAACUUGCGGUGAGGAGGGAAAUCUUCUUGGAUAGCGUCAACGGGGGCAUGCAGGCUUGGGCUAGGUGUGGAGUGUGGGACAGCUGAUGACGAAGUGCACGCGCGCUUCGUUGUUCCUACUAGACCUUGCUGCAUCAUAUAAAUGCGCAUACAUGCUUUAGUAAAGAGGUCAAGCCUCUUCCUGUUGGCCGACGAGCGCUUUUGAAAGGGGCUGUUGGCGGCACUCCGCCUCCGUUGUCUUGUCCAAGAAAUACCUCAACUCAGCCAUAUUCGUGACUGAAUGAUCUGAAAGCUGAUUCACGAUUUCGGGAUCGCCUCUUAUGCAUUCGAAUACUCACACUCCAGAUGCACCUUGUCAAUGAUAUACCAUCGACUUUGUAGAACAUCUGCGACAUGUGACUGCCCACAUCAUCGUCUGAUGAUUUUGGUCAGUCCUCAUCAAGAUUUCAUGACGACUCGCUCGACGUACCAACACCGAACGGUGUUCACUGCUCACGUGACUUGACCACCAGUCCGGCCGUGCGCCCAUCAACAUAGUGAUUCAAGAUGCACAUUGGCGCGUGGUCCACUGCUGAUUGCUCGGCGCGUAAAGCGUUCGGGUGUGGGGGCUGAAGCUAGGCUUCACAACCUCAUCAAGAGUCACCAGUCUCGAUACUUUGUUUCAGACCUUGUCGUAUAUAGAGAUGAUCACACCGUCUUCUAAAAGGCAAGCUCUUCAUACGGCCGAGUGAAUGCACAAGAUCUGGAGUUCAAAGAACGCGAUCAGUGGCGCUAGCGAAGGAGUGGCAAAGUCUAAGUAAGGGCUCGAGGUGCUCGCUCUGAUUUCCGAUGCAUCGCCGACCAAAUCACAAGUCAUUCCAUCAAGCUCGCACACGUACUCAAGAGGUGUCAUCGGCUAAAUUCAGACCGCUACACUUCUGAUGCAGCGAGAGAUGCACCUAUAAAGCAAAAGGAGAUCGAAGGCUUCGACAUGACCGAGACCGCGGCCACGUCGGGUCCUGUUGGGCCGACGCCGAUAGAGGCAGACACCCUCAGGACCUUCUCUCACCUCUUUGCCGGCUCACAGUCAGCAGUUGGAUCUCACCCUGCGGCCGCCAUCAGGCACUUCAAAGUUCAAUCUAGCCUGGAUGGCCUGCCUCACGAUAUCUUGCUGCAGGUGGGGUCGAGCGCGACGCUCAGCGCUCAUCGAGUCAUUUAUGGAUUGACCGCCUUGCCCCUUUCUUUGCCAGAUCUGGACUCUGAUAGAUGAUCCGAGCAGGAUAGUGAUGGUCAGCAGACGCUUCAACGAGAUGGGCAGACUAGAAGAUUCUCGCGCGGAAUGGCUGUUGGCUCACUACGACGUGCGCGACGUGUUUUUCGAAGCCAUCAAGAGACCAAGGUUGCUCGACCCCUGGCUCAUAAGGAAGUUGCUGGAUCGAGGAGCUGUACUGUCGCGCGCUCUGGUCCAAGAAGUCGUAGCACGAAGCUCGGCUCCCAUAGAUGAGUCGUUACAUGCUUACGUGGACUCUCCACUCAGGUGGGGCCAAUCGGUGCCCACAGCAACCGUCCUGGCGCUUCUUUCAGAAGGCGUCAAAUUGUAUGCAUCUCACAUGACGCUACAUCCACGGGACCAGGAGGUCCUUCAGCGUAAGCAGGAAGUCUGUUUGGCUUGCUAAAGCAUUGACUGACACCGACAUUGACUCCUUGGGCCCGAUCAGUCUACUUGUGCGAGCCUGCCAGCCGCACCUCUCACAAGUCGCAUCUCUUAGAUGCAUAUCAGAGAUUUAAUGUGCGUUCUGGGAAGGGAGAGCAGUAUUUUAGCAUGCUACCGAGCUGCACCGCUGAGACUUUCUGCUUCUUUCCCGCUCGAACACCGAAUGGACUCAUCGACUGUCCUCCAAUAUAUUCCCAUGCCAAAUAUCCAACAGUUUACGCCGCUGAGCUUGAACACAGCAAGCAAGCGUAUUUCUGAUCAGUUGAACAACGUCUUGCCCUACUGGCCCAUGAAGCCACGCGAGGGCGGUUGGCUGGGCUCGAUUCUCAUGUUGGGUGAUCAGGAGCUGAUACAUGCAGCUCGAUUGCACGGGUUCAGUCCCGAAGUGAGUUUGGGCCAGAGGUAGAGACAAGUUUGAAUGUCAAUUCGACGCUCAGACGUCUGCGGUUGUCCAGAGUCUUCCCCGCCUCAGUAAUUGGAUCUGCCUACUGGUGAUGCUAGGGGAGCGACCUUUCCAUCGCGUACCCAGCAAGGCUGCCAAAUUGAUGGUACGUGCCACUACCUCACCCUUCGAGGUAGGGAAAGCUAACAAGUUCACCAGCUUUCAGGAGCUUCAGCAGCUGAAAAUCCUCACGAUCACGCGAGCCUGCGCGGCAUCGUGGCUCUGCAGAUUGAGACUCUCACUUCUGCAACCGUACGAGCAUAAGCCACGAGGGGCCCUACCUAAACUGCAAGCUUACAUCGGCAAGGAUGCGUGGGAGGCCUACUUUACUCUCAUCAAUCUCGAUGCAAAAGGCGUACUUUACUUCAGCCUGAGCGAGGUCGUCCAGGAGCUAGUGGAGCAAUUCAAAGCAUGUCCUUCAGACAUGACAGUGGGCAUUUUGUUCAAACAGCUGGAGCAAGACUUUUCUGGUAUCGAUGCAACCCAUCAGAUUAUCGUCGCCACAUUCUGGGAGGCACAGCAGGAUUCCCACCCUGUAAAGUGGAUCAAAGGUCGUUUAUGCUCUCGCAAAGGUGUGUCUGUGCGUCUUGCUUGUGCUUUGCCUCCACGGUCUUGAUGACUAGGCUGGGUCUCUGCUCGUCAGUCACUCUCGAUAGCCUUAAAGCGAUUCUUUUUGGAGCUCUGCAGCUGUCUGCGCUCCCAGUAGAGUACGCCUUCGAGGAGCUUGGGGAGGAGGCUGGCCGCCAGCUGUUGGUAUCGGUGAUACCACACCUGCUACGAGAGGACUACCAGGUGAGUCGCAGGGUGAGGCCCGCAGUGUGCGUGUACUGAUUACGAGACGUUGCUUGCAGGGCAAUCUUCUGGAGUGAGCACAUAGAGCGGCUACGAGAGAGCGCAUUAGCAAGAUUGACUUGCGCCUUCACUGCCCCUGACGUAGGAGUCUUUGUGGCGAUUGCAAUUCGGCGCCAUGGCGAGCGGAAGCUUUUAAAGUGCUAGAUAAGGCGGCUCAAUGUUACAGUGAGGGAUCAUCAGGCGAAACCGGUUUUGACGAACUUAAAUGGUCCUAUGCCGAACUUAUAGACUUCUCAAUCGCUGACUUGGGACACCAGCGCUGGACUAUCGAGCGAGGGACAUGGACAGGACAUCUCCACGCCAGCUGCUCCUCGAUGUCACCGCGCAGUGCCCUUGCGUAUAAACCAUCCCCAAAAUUUAGUUUUUCAGAAAGGGAUUUCGACGAGCCACAUCUCACGCUCCCUUUACGAUCAUCGAUGAAACGUAGCGCAUGCUUUGCAGCUGAGCAGCACAAUUCCUUACAUUCUGUGUCCAAGAGUCAAGACCAAGAAAAUUCAAGGGGGCAAAGCGCUGGAUCACGUCGUUCUCCCAUGCCACUCGCUCGUGAUGCUGGGGCAAACACUCAAGCAGUGCUGCCAAUCUCAUCUAAAGGGAAUGAGUACCACCUCUGCUCAUGCGGUCUAUGGCACCAGCGCAAUUACCUUUGCUCAACGCACGCACAGACAGGCUUGCCUGUAGACUCAGAAGCAUCAGAAGACGCCACAAACGCUCACCAAGAAGAUUCAGAAGGACACUCUGAGGAAGACUCUAGUGAGGACGAAUCGUCGGACGAAGACGACUCCGACGAGGUUGAUUCGGACUCAAGCGAUGGCCAUCUGUUCUUUCUUAGAGGGACAGACAGUAUCCUAGCUCAGCGCCCUGACAGCAAUGUACAAGUUGUUGACAUGGACUGCGAGCUGUCACCCAAUUUUGGAUGCGUCCGCGCACAAAGCGCAAGAGCCCUGCCAGUCGAGAUUGGGUCGCCUUUCCAGGGUCGGAACAAGCGUAGCACCAACCUUCAAAAUUCGUCGGCUAACAUGGUGACUUCCACAGGGCUUUCUCUCAAGGAUACCGCCGUGGUUGGGCCUUCAGGAGCUCCAGGAGACUAUAACGAAUACUCAGAAUUCUCUAUCGCCCCUGGAACUGUCGUGAUAGGUCUCGUUCCUGCCAAAAGCAUUUGCGGUAAGUCCAGGGUCCACGUCUUUGGGUGUUCGCCGUAGCCUCAUCUUCCGAUCGUAACUCAUAGAUCAGCGAUUGUUCACAUUUAGCGGAUGUCGUGUUGAAGCACACUCUCGCGUGUGGCUACACGAGUUCUGUCGCCCUAUUGUAUCGCAAGGGCGUGCCUCCGACUCUAGAACAUCUAAAGAUAGCACUGCACUCGGGAUUGGGACUUCCGGAUGAUUUCUUCGACAGCAUCAUUCAAGGUGCUGAAUUUGACUCGGGCAAUGGAGGCAAUAGGGACGCUCACUCGGAGUCGACGACUCUCAAGUAUGAUUCACGGUGAGUGAACAUCAAAUUCGGGCAUGUCCUCGAUUGCCUCUCAAAUCCUUCCUUCAUUGUCAAGCUCGAAUGCGGUCACGUCUGUCGAGCUUAGCGUUAACUCGCAAGGUGCUGUCAACUCGCUGGUUGUAAAGGGAAAUGGUGAAAUAGUAGCGGUGCAAGAAUAUGCUGAAGGUGUCAGGCACGAUAAAUUGGAAUUUGCGACCGUCGCGCUCAGAGCUUCUAUCGAAGCGUGUGCGUCCUUGACCGAACAACAGUGCGUGAAGCAGGUUGCUCUGGUUUUUUUCAGUCACGCCACCAGCUGACGAGUUAUUUCCACAGCGAUGCCAGGAAGGAGCUCGCGGCGUUGUUGGCGUCCGAAUCAGCGGGCGAGGCUUCCACGGGACCUGGAGGGAGAAAGGGUCUUGAUCAUCAGUCUCUCGACAGCGCCAAAAUGGUAUGGGGCAUGUUCAACAAUGAGGUGAGUUGGCGUGGUCAUAAAUUGAGGACGUUGUUCAAAUGAGGGUGUCCGCGUUUCUGGCCGCUCAUCUCCACUUCUCUGCCCGCUCCUUGUCGCAGCCGUUCAGUCUCACGAGCGCUCAAUGCAUUGGUCGCAUUGACACCCUGAAAAUAUGGCUACAUCACAUGCAAGCUUUGAUGUCGACGGAGCAUGCUCGUCGGAGCGCGCUGGUCCGGCUUGCCCGCCUCUCGCCCGAGAUCCAAGCUUUGGGGGCGGAGCCGCAAGGCCUCUUCGUGACCAUCGCAGCGCGAGUCUUCCAAAAGGGCCAUUGCAAGGUGCAGACCUAUUUGACUUGCCUACAAGAUGCGCUUUCGAGUUCUGAUCACGAGCGACAGGAGGUCAUCGCUGAGCUUCAAGAACUCUGGACGGAUUCUGGUCAUCACUCCGAUGCUGAAGGACGCGUGGAGGAGAAGAAUCGUGCCUCGCGCCUCAUUCAGGGGAAAGUCGUGCGGCCCAGAGACGAAGUCCGAUGGAGCGAGUACGGAGACGCGGCAAGGAAGCGAAAGGCGCGCGAUUUGAGUGAUGAGGACGAUGAUCCCUCGUUUGAGCCGUGCCAGGACGACAGCUCUUCGGAGAGUGACACGAGCGACCACAGCGGUCAAGCAAACAAAUGCAGUGCAGCAGAGCUGUUGCUGCAGGAAAAUGGCCUGAAAGCCUGGGAUGAUCAGCAAAUUCCCUCCAAACGCCAGAAGGCUCAGGUUUCGGACGAAGAUUACUUCGAGGUGGAGUGAGCGAUAAUCCCCGGCUUCAAAUACACAAAGAACGAUAUAGAAGGCCUCCAAAUCUGAUGGCCGCCGCACAUAUGUGACCCAACCAGCGAUAUCUUGCAAGAACGCGUUCGAGAGGCUCUUCAUCAACAUCAAAGAGUCAAGACGAAGUGCAAAAGAAACCCAAGCACGAGUGUGUAUGGCGUUUGCGCGUCCGAGAAAUACAUGCGUGCUCAUCGAGUGACAUGCAUUUGGGAUGAUGGCAGAUUGUGCAGAGCUCUUUCGCCAUAUCUCGCAUUCUUGAUCAGGUCCCACACUGGGACGUAGACACCUCGCUCUGUGAGUUGCAAGAAGCUGAAUGGCGGCAUACUAAUCGUGCUGACCGCAUCGCACGACAGACGAGCUUGGCCACAAGUCUCGAGUCGCGCUGGAAGCUUGCUCGUCCACAAAGCGCCGUCAGUCACGAGUAAGCUUGGCUUAG